AUGGCGGCGCCCAGAGUGGCCAGCGACGUGGAAGUGGAGCUGGAGUCGGUAUUCCCUCAGGAGCUUGGCCUGUUUGCGGAUGCUUUCACGGCUGAGACCCGUUACCGGCUCUGUGGCCACGAGCUGAGCAUUGUUCAGCACCACGGGAGCCGUCUGGGUGUGGCUGCCCCGGUCUGGGAGGCGGCUCUAGCCCUCUGUGACUAUUUUGAAGAGCAUAAGCUGAACUUCUGGGGCAAGAAGGUUUUAGAACUGGGUGCUGGGACUGGCAUUGUGGGCAUCCUUGUUGCCCUUCUUGGAGGAGACGUGACCAUCACAGAUCUUCCCGUGGCCUUGAAGCAGAUAGAGGAGAACGUCCACCGAAACUUGCCUGCCGGGUGCCUGGCUCGGACCAAAGUUUGUGCGCUGUCAUGGGGUCUGGACCACGUGGAGUUUCCCAGUGACUAUGACUUCAUCUUGGGUGCGGAUAUUGUCUAUCUCAAGGACACUUACCCCUCCCUGAUCAGGACUCUCCAGCACCUGUGUGGUCCUCAGUCUACGAUCUACCUGUCUUCCAAGAUGCGUCAGGAGCAUAGUACGGUAUUGUUCUUUGAGACGCUGCUCCCCAUGCACUUCACCUCAAAGCUGGCCUUUAGGGAUGAGAAUGAGAACAUUAACAUCUACAAGGUGACCCAGAAGAGUAACAUCUGACAACAGCUAUGUCACAGGGUGAACAACGUUGAUCACCUUUUUAUUUAGGGCUAUUAAUCCACUAAACUGUACGUGGCUGAACUCUACGUCCAUCCACUUUCUCUACCAUUGGGUGAAAACAGCUCUAAUAGCUUCAUUUGAAUAUUGCCGUGCUACAAAUCUCCAGGUUCCUUGAGAGACGUGAGGUCCUAAAAGGGCUCGCAGAUCUCCAUUUAUACUGUGUUCCCUGGAUACAACAGGUGAUUUAAAUUCCCACCGUCUUGAUUCUCCAGUCCUCAAAUUGGUUCCCUGGCCAUAUUUUCAGUUUUCUGGUCAAGACUGAGCAAUUCUGCAGCUGCACAGUUCUGCCUACUAGAGAGUAAUUUUCUGAUGUGGGAUCUGGCUGCCAAGAAUGACUCCUCUUUCUUCUCCUGUGAAAGUGACCUGUAAGAGAAAGGCAGAAAACUCCAGAGUUGCUUCUGCAUGGAGAUGAUUCUUUCUCUCUAUAACUGUUGACACUGCUGCAGAUACAGAGGCGUUUGCAGUGGCAGUGGAGCACCCACACAGCAGUUGUUCCCCCACUUUUCUUAGACACGUUUCCUCUACAAUCCAUUGCAGCAAUGUAUGAGUU